AUGAGUACAGAUGAAUCAUACAGCAGUUUGAACUCUGGUUCAAAUAUCAUGAUUAAUAAGAAGUCACUAUUAUAUGUACAAGACAGUACAUCGUUGGUAUUUGGGCUUGCAGCCGGUAUCCUGCAAUUGGAAUCCUGGGACGGUUUUCUUGCAUUUUUGGGUUGUUAUACUACAGUUUGUCUAAUCUUUAUACUCUGGACAUGCCAACUCAAACCACAAAAGUUCUUUCAAAGUCCAAUUCAGGAUAUAUUCAUAGAGUCACUUUUUAGGGAGCUUACAGGUUUUGUAAUGGCUUGGACUUUCUCGUAUGCAUUGGUUGGAUGA